AUGCAGCACCAGAAAGACGGUAUGGUGGUGUCUCCGGGUGAUAAUGUUCUUCUCUGCAGUGGACCCGACCGUCAAGGAGCUCCGCAUGUCGCCAAAGUCACUGCGCUCUUCAAUGACCCCGAAACUGGUGAGACUUAUUAA